CACUUUCUCUCCAACAGAGUUAUUACUUAUAUUAUAAGAGAAAAAAUUUGGGACUGUCACUUUUUAUUUCAUAUUUCGUCAAAUCUACAUCGUAUCGAGAAAAAAAAAAAACAUUUAACAACAUCAACAAAAAAACAAUAGUUUUUAAAAGGAAUAAGUCGACAGAACACAGAAAAUAAAUUCUGAAAGUGUAGCAGUGAAAAACAAAAGGCGCGAUGCCAGAAGAAGAAAAUGAAAGUAGCAGAGCCGAAAGAAGAAAACGGGAUCCUAUUGGUCAAAUUCUCGAUUUGUUAAGCAACUCAAAUCACAGAAACACACCAACAGAACAUUCAUCAGUGAUUUCAUCUGUUCAGUCAUUGGAUUCGUCCGCACAUGGCUCAACAGCGUCUUCUGCAUCAUAUUUGUCGUCUGAACAGUCAGUUGUGUCGUCUGCCAAGUCAGUAGUGUCGUCUGUUCACUCGGUCGUUUCGCAUUCUCACCCAACAGUGCCAUCUUCUCCCAAAGAGAAAAACAACAAUGUUUCACCUGUUAAACACAACAAAAGUGAACAGGGUAACGAAAUAUCAAUGCAAAAAAGCUUUGCAACCCCGUUUACAAAACAGUAUAAUGAUGAACCAGCAGUCCUCGAGGAUACAAGUAGUGCAUUUCAGCCCUUUUCAAAGAACAUUCAGAACGUAUCAAAUGGAUUCACAAAUGCUAACUAUUCAUAUUGCGUACAAAAAGGUUUUGCAAUGAUGAACAACUAUGCAGCUGCACAAAUGCAUACGCCUCAAAGUGCAAUUAUUCCAUUUACUGCAGGAAAUGUCCCAGUUCCGGUAACAGCAGGAAAUUUGUAUGGAAUUUCCGGAUAUACUUUACAGUAUCCAAAUAUUCCAAACACAAUAACUCCGACAACUGUACCUCAAGUAGGAUAUACGUACCCACAAAGCUGUGGACUUUUCUCAAAUUUUGACGUGACAAGAAAUAUAAACGUGUUUUCAUGGCUGGACAAAAAAAUUGGAAGCGAUAGUUCUUUCAACCCGGCAUGCAUUCUUAAUUCAGAAAACACAGGAAACCAUGUGACGCAUACACCACCAAGGUACCAAUGCGAUUCUUGUAAAAAGAGCUAUUCGACGUAUGGUGGACUAUCGAAACAUAAACAGUUUCAUUGUGUUAAUCAGGUGAAGAAGGAAUUUAGUUGCAAAUUUUGUGGAAAAUCUUACGGCUCGUUGGGUGCUCUGAAGAUGCACAUCAGAACUCAUACUUUACCUUGUAAGUGCAAAAUUUGCGGAAAAGCAUUUUCGCGACCAUGGCUUUUACAAGGACACAUUCGUACUCAUACAGGCGAAAAACCAUUCAGGUGUGACCACUGUAGUCGAGCAUUUGCUGACCGUUCAAAUCUCAGAGCGCAUCUUCAAACACAUUCUGAAAUUAAAAAAUACGGAUGCAAAAGUUGUAAUAAAACAUUUUCUAGAAUGUCCUUACUUGUUAAACACAAAGAAAAUCAUUGUUAUAGAUAAAUAUUUUAAUUAUCAAAUGUUUGAAUUUAUUGAUAUAUUGAUAGAUGAAAUAUUUUUUAGAAAAGUAUUAUGUAAUUAAAAUUGAGUGCUACAAAUAAUUUUGUUUAAUUUCUGACGAAUAAAUGUAUGUUAUAUAGUACGCGUAUAUAUUAGUUUAAACAGUAUUUAUUAAUGAAAAAAAUACAAGAAUAUAUAUGUUUAUAAUACAAUGUAUGCUGUAGGGCUUCUUCUUGGAC